AUGGCAGCUACUCGAAUGCAAACUGACGUUCCGACGCCUCAAGAUUCUCCUGACUUUUCAAAAAAGGAUUGGCCCGGUCGUUGGUCUCAUAUCAAUAAAAUACUGGAUAGGAGAGGUCCCUUUUGUGACAAGAGUUUCAGUCCCGGUCACGGUGAGGACAUUUUACUUAAUCAAUGUAGAGUUCUCGUAAUCGGUGCUGGCGGUCUUGGCUGUGAGAUCUUGAAAAAUUUAGCUCUGUCUGGUUUUAAGGAUAUCGAAGUUAUUGACAUGGAUACUAUCGAUGUCUCGAACUUAAAUAGGCAAUUCUUGUUCAGACCGAGUGAUGUUGGAAGUCCUAAAGCCAAAGUUGCUGCAGAAUUUAUAAUGAAACGAGUUGCAAGUGUAAAAGAUAAAGAUGAUGAUUAUUACCUUGGCUUUCAUUUGAUAAUUUGCGGGCUAGAUUCAGUAGAAGCGCGAAGGUGGAUUAAUGCUACGUUGGUGAACAUCGCACAGGAUGAUCCCGAAAAAAUUCGUGUUCUGAUCGACGGUGGGACCGAGGGUUUUAAGGGUCAAGCCCGUGUAAUCAUCCCGACGGUAACAUCCUGUUAUGAAUGUUCGUUAGAUAUGUUAAAUAAACAAACAGCGUUUCCAAUUUGCACCAUUGCAAAUACACCAAGAUUGCCCGAGCAUUGUAUAGAAUGGGCGUCAGUUAUACAAUGGCCAAAAGAACGUGAAGAUGAAAAAAUGGAUACCGAUGAUCCAACGCAUAUACAAUGGUUAUAUGAAAUUGCGCUCAAAAGGGCUAUGGAGUUUAAUAUUACAGGUGUCACUUAUUCGCUUACUCAGGGCGUUGUAAAAAAUAUUAUUCCGGCAUUUGCUUCAACAAAUGCUAUCAUUUCAGCUGCAUGUUGUAAUGAAGCAUUUAAAAUUGUUACAACCUCACAACCUUACCUGAACAAUUAUAUGAUGUAUAUGGGUAAUGAAGGUUUGUACACUUAUACAUUUGAGCAUCAAAAAAAAGAUGAUUGUCCAGUUUGUGGAAACCAAAACGCAUUCUUGGAGGUUGAUAAAGACAUUACAGUUCAAGAUUUUAUUGAACUUCUUAAAGAAAAGCCUGACAUUCAACUUAAGAAACCAAGCUUAACAACGGACACUAACGAAAAAAUAUAUUGGCAAUCUCCUCCACUCUUUGAGCAACGUACUAGACCAAAUCUAGAGAAGCGAUUAUCAGAAUUGGUUAAAGAUGGUUAUAAUAUAAUAGUUACGGAUACUACACUACCAAUUUCGUUAAAUAUUACUGUUUCCUACAUUUAA